AUGUCUCAAUUUCAGCUCUUGACACAACAGAGACGAACUGAGUUUGGCAAUGUGAACAAAAGAAACAUUAAUGAGUCACAAGACGUCUCUAACGUCAUUGCAAAAGCAAAUGCUGACAUAACAUCAGGACUGGUUCACGAUGACAUCGUCCCAACAACGAAGAGGAACGCCGACCCCUGCACUGCUAGAGGCUGCAAAUGGCGUAAAUUUGGACGCUAUGUGAGAGUGCCUAUCGUCAUCUCCUCCCAAUACUCCAGUGCCGAGCGUAACAUCAUCAUCAGAGGCCUGCUGACCUUCCACAAGUCCACUUGCGUUCGCUUCUACUGGAGGCGCUGGUGGCAUCGCAGUUACCUCUACUUCUUCUCUGGAACUGGAUGCUGGUCUUACCUGGGUCGUCAGGGAGGAGGACAGCGUGUGUCCCUGAGGAGAAACGGCUGUCUGUACCAGGACACAGUGCAGCACGAGGUUCUCCACGCUCUCGGCUUCCACCACGAACAAGUCCGCUCCGACAGAGACAGAUACGUCAACAUCCUCACCCAGAACAUCCAGUCAGGAAGGGAAAGCAACUUCGCAAAGGUGCAGACCAACAACCUGGGAACUCCCUAUGACUUCAACUCCGUCAUGCAUUACAGCAAGUACGCCUUCUCCAAGAACGGGCAACCCACCAUCGUUGCCAAGAGCAACCCGAACCUUAACUUCGGACAAGCCAGUACCAUGAGUGCCAAUGACAUUGCCCGUGUCAACAGGCUGUACGGAUGCAGAUAA